AUGGACAUCCAGGAAAACCUUGCUAAACUUAAUGCUCUCCAAGCAGAAGACGGGAUAUGGAAGCUGGAUAUUAUAGAACAACUCCAAGAGCAGACGCAGACUAUGAUGGAGAAGAGGGAACUAAAAUGGCAACAGAGGGCCAAGGAGUGCUGGUUGAUACAUGGGGAUAAAAACUCCAAAUAUUUCCAUGCAUGUGCUUCUCAACGACGGCAAAAAAAUUUGAUUUUCUCCAUCAAGGAUGGCGAAGGGGUGUUGCAGGACAUUCCUAUGGGAAUUGAGGCAGCUUUUGUGCAGCACUUCUCAAAAAUACUCUCCUCCUCUGGCCCGCGUGGGAUCGAAAGUUGCAUUCAGGUGUUACCAGAGAGGGUUACGGCAGAUAUGAAUGGACAAUUGCUGGGCGAGGUGUCAAAAGAAGAAAUAAGUCAAGCUUUAUCCCAAAUUUCGCCCAUGAAGUCGCCUGGUCCAGACGGCUUUCCAGCGGCGUUCUACCAGGAGCAUUGGAAUCUGGUAGGGGAAGAGGUAGUGAUGGCGGUAAGACAUUUUUUCAGUACGGGCCUUAUUGACCCAGACAUAAAUUUUACCCAUAUUACUCUUGUGCCAAAAAAGAAAAAUCCUUCGGGAGUGUCAGAUUUUAGACCCAUCAGUCUAUGUAACGUAGUUUAUAAAAUUCUUGCAAAAGUGUUGGCUAAUCGCCUAAAACUUGUCUUACCUUCGAUUAUUUCUUGUAACCAAUCGGCUUUUAUCCCGGGCCGAUUAAUUUCUGACAAUAUUUUUGCAGUAUAUGAAACUCUUCAUACUAUGCAUACUCGCAUGUAUGGGAGGGUGGGUUACAUGGCGGCGAAGCUUGACAUGAGCAAAGCCUAUGACCGGGUUGAGUGGCUCUUUCUUGAAAAAGUCAUGAAGAAAAUGGGUUUCGCGAGUAAAUGGGUUCAACUUAUUAUGACGUGCGUCACCUCUGUCUCAUACUCUGUGAAUGUUAACAGAGUUCCUGUUGGGCACAUAAAACCAUCAAGGGGUAUUAGACAGGGUGACCCGCUAUCUCCAUAUCUCUCUAUCAUUUGUGCGGAGGUCUUGAGCGUAAUGCUAUCUCAUGAAGACAGAUCUGGCCGUUCGAAGGGAGUCCCAACUUCUUUCAAAGGAAUGAGAAUAAACCAUUUAUUUUUUGCCGACGACAGCCUUCUUUUUUGUAAGGCUAUGGAACAGGAAUGGAAUUGUUUGAAAACGGUGUUGGGAGUGUAUGAGGAAGUGUCAGGGCAGAGGCUAAACAACAACAAAGCUUCGAUCUUUUUUAGUCGUAAUACUAGUCAAGCGACAAAAGAUCAAAUUAUGGCUGUUGUUGGAGUUCCGGUUGCACAACGUUUCGACACUUACUUGGGACUUCCGGCGUUAGUUGGCAAAUCAAGAACCCGGGAAUUCCAGAACCUAACAGAUAGGGUAAGGAAGAAGUUGUCAGAUUGGAAGACUAAAUUCUUAUCACAAGCCGGGAAGGAGGCUCUAUUAGCAAAACAAGGCUGGCGUCUGAUGCAAUACCCUGACAGUUUGGCAGCAAAGAUUAUCAAAGCAAAGUAUUUCCCCACAGGAUCUUUCAUGUCAGCAAAUUUGGAUAACAAGCCUUCAUUUGCUUGGAGAAGCAUUUUGGUAGGGAGGAAAUUGCUUGAAGAAGGAUUGUACUGGCGUAUUGGAAAUGGGAGAUCUGUUAGGAUCUGUGAAGAUAGAUGGAUCUCUGUACCAAUAACAUAUCAUCAUGAAGACAAGCUUAUUUGGCGUGCAACGAACUUGGGUGAAUUCUUGGUGAGGAGUGCGUAUCACCUUGAGAAGGAAAGACAAGAUAGAACUAAAGGGGAAUGCUCAAAGGGGGAAGGAAACCGUGCUAUCUGGAAAAUGCUCUGGAACUUGAAGAUUCCACAAUCAGUGAAAGUAUUUCUAUGGAGAGCAUGUAGCAAGAUUCUUCCCACAAAAGAUAACCUCAAGCAGAGGCGGGUACUGGCGGAUGAUACAUGCAUUUUCUGUUGCAGUGUUAGGGAGACUACCCAUCAUAUUCUAUGGGAUUGUCCAUCAUCCCAGGAUGUUUGGUGCGUAAGUGGCAGCAAGCUUCAAAAGUGUACAUCAGGAGGAGACGAUUUUUGCAAGCUAGUGGAAAAUAUGAUGGAGAUUCUAACGAGAGAGGACAUGGAGCUGUUCGCCAUCAUUGCAAAGAAGAUUUGGAAAAGAAGAAAUGAUGUGGUGCAUGGGCAACCAUUCUCUCAUCCAAGUGUAGUAGUGAAGCAAGCAAUAGAGCAACUUCAAUUGUAUCGCAUGGUAAAUGUGAAGUACGAGGAGGAACUGGAGCCUACCCUGCCGAACAGACAAAAAUGGGAAGCACCACCAUCGGGGCUAUACAAGAGUAACUGGGAUGUUGCAGUAGACCAAGGUGAAAUGCGGAUGGGAGUAGGGGUAAUUAUCCGAGACGAGAGGGGACAGAUUAUUGCAACGCUAAGCCAACCGACUGAGUACCACCAUGAACCAGCUGCUGCCGAAGCUGUAGCCGCGUUGAAAGCAGUGGAGUUUUGUAGGGAAGUGGGAGUUCACGAGACCAUUUUGGAGGGGGAUUCACUGUUGGUUGUGAAUGCAAUCAAAAACCAAAACCAAUGUUGGCUUCGUUAUGGACAGAUCAUUACAGAUAUUAAAUGGGUACUAGAGUCCCUUACCCAAUGGAGUAUACGGCACAUCAAGCGAGAGGCGAAUUCAGCAGCUCAUGGACCGGCAAAGUGUGCUUUAAGGAGUUCAGAUACCCAAGUAUGGUUGGAAGAGGUCCCUAGUUGUAUCUCAGAAAUUGUUUUUUUAGAGCAGAUGGCUCUAAUGUUGUAA